AUAUUUACGUUCUCACCAAACAUAUUUACAUUUCUUGAUAAUUAUUACGAAACGUAUAAGCAUAUUUUUGCUAUACUUUCGCUGACCAUCAUUUCCUGUUUACGACCCAAAUUCUGUUUAGCCCAUUUCCGAUCGAUGCACGCGCGACCCAAAAGUGCUGACAUAGCGUCUGCAUUGAAUGUACGGUCACAUUGCACUGCAUGUGAUGAUCGCUGCUCACACACUUUACUAAUUUUUAAUAUAAGUUUUCAGUUCAGUCGUUAAGAAGUAGUCAAUAAGAAUUGAAGUUGGAUUAAGAAGACAUAGUCUUCCCGACAAAUAAUAAUUUAAGAAUAGAAGUUGGAUUAAGAAGACAUAGUCUUCCCGACAAAUAAUAAUAAAUAAACAAAAAAGUUAUAUUAUAAAAAUAAAAUUCUUUUUAAAAUAAAAAUAUAAAAAGUAUUUUAUUAACUGGCGCCCGAGCUAAAGUCGCGAGAAUUUAAAUAAAAAAUUUUUCGUGAAAACCCUUGCCUGUAGUGUCCGUCCGCAGGCAACCGCGCGAUAAAGUGUCGUUACCGAAUCCCGAGUAGCAACAUAAGCAAAAGGGACGAAAUUCGAGCGAUCGGUGCGGUAAAUAGAAAGAAAAAAAAAAAACAAACAAACAAACAAAUAAUGACAUUCUUUUAAAAAUUAAAUUAUGAGAAACAUUUUUGUGCAUAAAAAAGCAAACAGCAAGCAGCAAUAAAAACAAGCACAACAACAACUGGAGUAGUAACAAUAACCGCAGCAACAGCUACUGAAACAGCUACAACAACAACAACAACUGGAGUAGUAACAAUAACCGCAGCAACAGCUACUGAAACAGCUACAACAGCAACAACAACGUCAUUAAACCGCAACGAGAAAUUUCUGCAACAGCAACAGCAGCAAGUAAUAAAACAAUGCAGCAGGUCUACCUAAUAUUAUUCUUCCUAACUUGUGUGGCGACGGAGGUCCAAAUCUUGGAUUAUACGUCUUCAUACGUUAUCACGAUCAGUAGAGGUACAGCUAAAAUUCAGCAAGGAACUUUUACUAUUUUACAUCCAAUAGACCUGGCACAGUACGCAAUGUCCAUAUCCAACACCCAUACAUUUAUCCAACAAAACAUCCCAAAUCACCACAACCUAUAUCCUAUCCUGACCCACGAAUUAAGACUUACCGAAAAUAUUUUAGAAAAUAUAACACCCACUAUAAAAAAUAAAAGGGCAAUAAAUGCCAUAGGUACUAUUUGGAAGUACGUCGCAGGAUCACCAGAUCACGACGACUUUGAAAUAAUAGCUAAUAAUAUAAACGAUCUAAAUAAAAAUAAUAAUAAACAAGUUUAUGUAAACGAAGCUUUUAAUAAAAGAUUAAAUAACCUGACAAAUAUGGUAAAUAAAAUUUCAAAUGCCAUAAGAAAAGAUGUAUUAUUAGAAAACGAAAUAGUUAUAAAUUUACAAAACAGGGUAAGAUUAAUAAAAGACGAAUUGAUAAAUAUUCAAAAUGGAAUCGAAUGGGCAAAACUUGGAAUUGUAAACCCAUCAAUAUUAGACAAAAAAGAAAUCGAAAUUGCUUUAAGUAAAAUUAGAGAAGAAAACAUUAUGUUUGUGAGUCCCGAAGAUGCACUCCAAUUUGCUAAAGUAUCUGUCCUAUACAGUACUAAUAAAAAAAUUAUCUAUUUGAUUAAGGUUCCGUUAACAAAAAAGGAAACCUAUGAAAACAUAAUUUUAAGACCGGUAAAAAAGGAAAACUCUAUAAUUAAUUUAGAAUUUAAGCGAAUUUUAAAAAACGGAAAAACUAUCUAUGGUAUAGUAAAUGAUUGUGAAAAUUUUAAUAAUAUAAGAAUUUGUAAAGAUGAUCAAAUAAAGAAUAUUUCAGAUACAAAAUGUAUUCCUAAUCUUAUAAGUGGUCAAAAUUCUACAUGUGUAAUGAGCAAUAAUCAUCACAUCCCAUUAAUCGAAGAAAUCGAAUCUGGCGUUAUCCUACUAAAUAAUUACAACGCAUCUAUUUAUAUCGAUGAAACGAUGCGAAAUCUUUCUGGCACGUUCCUUAUUAAAUUUCAUAAUAGCACUAUUAAAGCUAACAAUAAAAUUUUUAGUAACAUAGAGGCCUCACCUCUACAAAUGAUUCCUGCAUUAAUGCAGCCUACUCCUUUUGAAAGUGACCGCAUUAACUUACUAUCACUCGAAGCUCUCAAUGAAUUACAGAUUAAUAAUACGGAGGUUAUUUCAACCAUACAAAAACAUCUGAAAAUCGGAGGAUGGUCAAUUUCUGUUAUUCUUAGUCUAAUUAUCGUUUCCAUUGCAUGUUUGAAAUUUUUCCUCAGAAAUACCAAAGAAAUUACUGUUUGGGAAUCUCAAAUUCCACGCACUAGUCUAGAGCCCCAUACGGAAAUAAAAUUAUCAUCUUGUAUUGAUAUUCCCAAGCCAAUAGAAUUAGAAGCUCCUAGCAAACCACCAAGACUAAAUAAUAUCCCCUUUUUCUAAAAUGAUUGAGGACAAUCAAAUUAAGAAGGGAGGAGUUAACACAAAACAUAUUUACGUUCUCACCAAACAUAUUUACAUUUCUUGAUAAUUAUUACGAAACGUAUAAGCAUAUUUUUGCUAUACUUUCGCUGACCAUCAUUUCCUGUUUACGACCCAAAUUCUGUUUAGCCCAUUUCCGAUCGAUGCACGCGCGACCCAAAAGUGCUGACAUAGCGUCUGCAUUGAAUGUACGGUCACAUUGCACUGCAUGUGAUGAUCGCUGCUCACACACUUUACUAAUUUUUAAUAUAAGUUUUCAGUUCAGUCGUUAAGAAGUAGUCAAUAAGAAUUGAAGUUGGAUUAAGAAGACAUAGUCUUCCCGACAAAUAAUAAUUUAAGAAUAGAAGUUG